AUGCUGAGGUCAUGCAGGUCAUUCUUGCCUCUGCUUGCACUGGCAUACGGCCUGGCAUCCGUUUGCUGCAUCAUCCUCUACCUGCGGCGUCAAGAUAGUAUUUCUUUGCGUCCUCGAGAUUGCCAACAGCCAGACUGCAACCCGAAGAAGGCUUGGGAGUCGAGCAGCUUUUUUUGGAGCAACCCGUGCCCACACGGGUACCAGCUGGAGACCCAUGAUGAGAAAACCCAUGGGGACAUAUGCCGGAGCGUGCAAGAUGCCAGCUUCGCAUGCCCUCAUGCCUGCCAGAGGAUGGCGCGGGCCCCCUGGUGCGCGGCCGGUGCCAAGCGAAAGUGCAAGGCUGACCUGGCCCUUGCCGAGUUUCGGAAGGGAAUGUUGCCCAACUCGCAGACCCGCGGGUUGAUGCACACCUUUUACGAGCCUGUCUGGAACGGUGGUGACAAAACUGGCACUCUGGUCAGUUGGGAGAAGGCAUGGACAGAUGCCGGAUGGGAGACGCGAGUGCUGACGCUGGAGGAUGCAAAGCGAUCGCCAGAGUUCAAGAAUGUGAACCGGCGUAUUGAUCGUAUUCCCCGGGGUGGCAAUGCAGAGUACGAGAGGCUUUGCUACUUACGCUAUUUGGCAAUGAAUGCAGUUGGAGGAGGAUGGAUGUCUGACAUGGAUACUGUUCCGACGCGUUUGUCCCCGGACAUUGGCUUGCCCAAUGCUGGGAGAUUUACAGUAUACGCUAACUUUAUACCUGCCCUAGUUUCUGGCAAUGCUACAGAGUACCUUCGAAUCGUUCUCAGCUUGACUGACCUGGGCCUUGAGCAGAUGGGGCAUAAACGCCUGCAACUUGGCUCAAGCUCAUUUACAGAGGCCAGAGAUUGCUCUGGGAGCUGA